CCAAAUUGUCCAUGAAUCUGACCGGAACAUCCCACCACCUGAACCCCUACCGUCACGACCACACCUGCGGAUCCCCUUACCUGUUGCCCUGCUGCUGCUGCUGUUUGCUCCCGUCACUGCUGUGCGCCCUCCCAAACUGGCUUCUCGCCCAUCACGGGACCGACGGAAACCGCCUCGACGCCGCACGGCCAAGGCCACACCCCGAAAAACAAACGCCCAAGAGGAGGAAUCCCUUUGCCCUCUCCCGAGAAUUGCGGCUCACGGCAUAUCUGCGCCCUGGAUGAAAGCAAAAGCAAGUUGCGGCGCACGGUGAAGACGUCACACUAAAUCACUACCACUGCCACUACCAUUUGUUAGCGGAUACGAGGCGAAAGAGCUGUUGGGUGGGCCUACCGGACAUGUAAAUUUGGCUCGCUAUCCACGGUAUCCCACACAGCGCCCCCUUUUCGAAAAAAGAAAGCAGCAAAAUAAAGCCAAAUCAAACUUCGGGAACCCAGUUGACUCGCACGGUUACCGGUAUAUACGCUGGAACGGCCGCCAUUCUCUUAGCGUUCACGCCUUUUGUUAUUUCGGCACGAACGGAACUUCGUGCCUUGCUCAACACAAAAUCACUUUUCUUCCUCUCGUCUUCACGUUCGCCUGCUGUUUGUUUCUCCUUCGCUCCUAGGGCACUUUGUCCCCUUCCAGAUAUCCGUCGCAAACCGCACACAAUAUGAAGACCGGGAUCCUGCGUCCGCCUCGCGAAGCGAAAAUGGAGGUCCUGGUUCGACAGAUCCCUAUCGCUCGUGAAGCGAUGCCAGCUCCGCGAGCCCAGAUUCCUGCAAAAUCGUUUUUGACACCGGGCGAGCCAAACAUUCGCUGCAAUCGGACCGAAUCCCCAGAGCAAUAUGCCGGCUGCGCUGUCACUUUCGCGUUCCUGGCGGAAGGCGCGGCCAACGCCGUUUUUCAACUCCGUCCAUCUUCAGAAAAAGCGGGUCUCAACGUCUUGUUUCGAGAUGAGAACGGCUCUCCAAUCCCCCACGCGCGCCUCUUGAACAAGGUUCUGCGGGUCAGUAAAGGCAUCCCGAAGACUCUUCCCUACAGCGAGAUCAUAUCCGGCUACGAGAACGUGAUACAUCCACUGUUCCGGACCAAGCUGCCAUCGCCGCCACCAGCCCAAAAUCAAGCGCAACCACCGUCGUCGAGGAAUACGCAAGAGAUAGCUUCAUUCGAGGAUUAUUUGAUGGACGAUGAAGGAGUCCGCCUCAACCAGGAAAUUAUCACCCAUCUCCACGCGCAAAUGCACGGCGACCAAUGUGCUUCCGGCCCCUGCGCCACGGUUCCCAAUAUGGAACUCUAUGGAAUCCUUCUGCCCGACAUGUCGUCUAUACCCAACCAGGCCCUGACCAUUGAAAUCAAGCCCAAAUGGCUUGCCCAAUCGCCAACGGCACCACGAGAUGCCUUCCAGUGUCGCACGUGCGCAAUGCAGCGCCUCCGCAAUAAACAAGGCAAGAGAAAGAGGGAUCCCUAUAUCUGCCCGCUACAGCUCGUCGCCGGCAACACACCAGCCAUUGAGAAGUACGUCCGCCACCGUGUGGCUCAGGAAAUGUCUGGCACGAACAAGGCUGCAGCAGACUUCGACAUGGAGCCCGUCGUACAGCGCGUGACCGCCUACCUCGCAACAGGCCCUGGCCACACCCUUCUCGAAUUCCUCCGCACCUUGCAAUCCAAGCACGACGAUGUAGGCGUGACGAUGCGCCCAGCCACCCCGCCGCGCCUCGCCACCAGCGUGCCUACGUCCAACAUGGCCGACUACGACCACCGCCUGCGCCUUGCCAUGACGCUGCGAGACUGCAGCUUCUUCAUCCGCAUCUCGUUCGCAGACCCGGAUAUGCCCAUCGAAGCCAAGCUGUGCGAUCUCGACUUCAAGAGCGCCGACAAAAUCGAGGUCUGGUGGGACAAGGAGAAGCGCUUGAUCAAUGGUGGCUGGUACACCAGCGUUGAGCCAGGGACUACGUGUGCCGUCACAGAAGCUUGGCGCACUAAUUGUCCUUGGUAUGUUUGAGUUGCAGGGCAUCGGAUGGAUGGCACGCCUAACGGAACAAAAAUCUCCCUCGUUCAUUUUCCUUAUUGGCGUUUUAUUGAUAUUCCAUAUACCAUAGACAGGCGGCAUAGACUACGGCAGGGAUCCGCAAGGGUUAUCAUGUUUUUCUUUCCUUUGUUUCUCCUACGUUGAUUUUCCUCCUUCUUCGCAUCUCGAGACAAGCACAGCGGAGCUCGGACAGAGCUCUUGAACAGUCGUGCUGGGCAUCAGUUUCCUUGCUUUCAUUUCUUGAUACCCCUUUUUUUUCUUUUUUUUUCUCCUUUGUCUCGAAAUCAACAUUCAUCAUCAUUAUACCACCCCUCUUCUCCUAUCCAUCCUUCGAUUCUCCUAGAGCAUUGCUUUCUCCUCUCUUGAGUCUUGCCAUGCUCUACGCUGGCUGGCGUGCAUGCAGAGCAUCUCUCUUCCCCUUCCUCUUCUUUACCUCGUUACCUAGCUGCCAGUUUUUUCUUUGCUGUAUGUGUGUGUAAACUACUACGUUCGCUGGACAAACACGGUAUAUAUGCAUGGUUCAGUCGGUCGCUGUCAUCAACAUAGCAUCAUUCAUCUUCAUAGCUUCAUGAUUCUGGAAAUAUAUUCAUGAUACCCUUUGAAUACAUGACCCUGUUCCAGUCUCUCUCUCUCUCUCUCUCUCAGAGUGUGUGUGUAGGGAUGCAUAUUCCUAUCUCGGAACAUAAUCUUCGGAUAGAUACUUGGUCUCCUCUCUCUUCCCCCCUACCCUAUCCCCUCUCCCUCUUAUCAUCAUCAUCAUCAUCAUCAUUCCUA